AUCUAGCAAAAGGAGAAAAACACCAAAAAUGUGCAGUGAUUUCUGCAUGAGGAUGUCAGCUUGAGAAAUUCUCACCAGCAGCGGUUGCAGGGAGCAGAAUGGGACACCCGAAUGUGCCACUCGUGUACACGUACGCUCGUUCCCACAGGGAUAAACGCAGGUCCAGUCAACUGCGACCCUACACACCAAACGACAACCUGAACAACGCAUUAGGCGCCAUCAGAGUCCUCGGUUUGGAGCUGAUUGCAGACGAACUUAAACCACAUCUGAACACUGUGCUAACCAACAUAAAGGAGAAGAACAAAGGCGCCGCUGAGCAGGUGGUGAUCAGUGGGAUCCUGCCGAUCUUGGCUCUGUCUCUGAGGAGCAGAGGACCGCUCACCCUGCUGACCGCCAAACUGGUGGCUGAACUCGCCAAGGAAUCUGUGGUUCGUAAAGGUUUCGGAGAUGCUGGUUUGGUUACGGCUCUGCUGUCUGUGCUGACCAGUACAGACCAAGAGCUGCUCAUUCACGCUAUAAGAGCGAUCUCACGUAUGUCCUACGACAGCUCUAAGCUGCAGGAACAGUUACUCCGUCGAGGUGCGGUGCCUCGUCUCGUUGCCAUCCUGCUCCGUUUCCCCGACAAGGAGGCCCUGGAGGAGGUGUGCCUUCAGGCCCUGUGUAACCUCAGUGGUAUGGGCGUGGCGGAGGAGGCGGGCAUGGUGUGGGAGAGGGGCACAUCUGUGAGGCCGGGGGAGUCGGUGUUUCACGGCGUCUCUCCUCACACCUGUGGUUUCGCCUCCUCGGUGACUCUGGUGUGCGUGUCUCAGUGGGCGCCGGGUCAGUACGCCAUCAACAUCGAGGUCUUCCAGCGCUGCUCCUCCUCUUUCUGGAGCCUUCAUGGGAACAAACGGACGGCUCGGUGGUUCCCAUUCUCCAGUUUGGGAAGCUGUUCCAAUCUGUACAAGGUGAUCAAGUUUUCGACGAAAAAAGUUCCCCGGACGAAAAGUCUGAAGACUCGUGUGUUCCACACUUUCCUCUGA